AGUGACUGGGGCGAGGACGAGUGGCCCCUGGAGCGCCCCCUACCCCUGCCGGAGUGGGGGUGCGAGCGCCCCGACCUCAAGUUCUCCAGCCUCCAACACUACUACGGUUUUGUGGCGAGGGUGACCCGGGUCCUCCACGUCGCCCUCGACACCCACUGCUACGACAGUUUCUCCAACUUCCUCGCCUUUAGUAAGGAAUACCUAGCGUCUCAAGAGGAAUAUGACGAUCUGAAGGAAUUCUACCGUGACUACGACCCCCCACUCGUGCCGGGUCGCUACACCUGCGUCGGGUUAGCGGGUGACCUCGCCACCAGACUCUCUCCCCUCGAGGUUCUUUAUCCCGGCUUGAAGGAUGCCACAUACCAGGUUUCUUGUGAGGAAGAAGUGGUGGACGUGGACUGGUAUUGCUCCGGCAGUGUCCCGCCCAACACUACCAGUAUGAAAGAACAUGUGAUGCUGUGUGUGAGGGUGAGCGUGUGCGCCCGUCCGGGAGUCAUGCUCUUCGACCCGGGCUACCACGUCGGCCAUCCCGUGACUGUGAUGGAGGACGGUCUCGCGCCGCAGUCGGGUCCUAUCCGAGGCAGCACGGCCCGCGCUGAGGUCUCCAGGACCUUCCGCUACAAGUACCAACCGAACAACCCAUCUUUCGUGGUGUGGGAAGUGACGGAGGAGCGGGAGGGAAAGCCGCCUCGAAACUUUAAUAACCUGAUCCACAUCUCGAGGCCUUUCCUCUCCAGCGUUGACAUAGCGGAAAGAAGGAACCUCGUCUACGGUUUCAAAACGCUGCUGGGGAGGGACUGCACCGGCCAGCUCACCUGUGGACUCUACUUCCCGGUCCGCGAGUGCACCAAGACCUCGGUCACCCUGUUCCACCUCGUCGCCGGCCGCCUGUGCCACCGCAAAGUGCCCCUCGCCUAUUUCCUCGAUGAAGGAUUUGUAGAGGAGGACGUUGAAGUGGCUGCGGCUGCGGUGGCGAAGGGCACAGGCAGGACGAAGGAGGAGCUACGUCACAGCCUGGUCGCUCUGGCUCGCCUCCUUCAGAACGGCGACUUCGUAAAGCAGGUAACGGAGCUCGACAAGUGUAUCGCUGACAUUGUCAAGAACCAAGGAGAGGCGUAGGAACACGUCGUGUUAUUUUCGUAAUUCGGAAUGCAACGUCGUGAAGCCAUAAAUAAAUUGGGAAAACCUGA